GGGAACUCGCAUAUAGUAUUUUAUCAACACUGCUUUGAAUUUCGAAUAGUUUCUGUUCCCAACGGCCACAAAACCCUACUUUGCUCCUUUUCUUCUCUUCUCUGUAAAUAAAUGGGUUGGAAUCUCCUCUUUUGGCUCGCGAUUUGUUUCCCUACCAACAUUGCUCUUCUCGCUUUAACCUUCUACCAGGUUUUGAUCCUAUCUGAUUUGGAAGCUGAUUAUAUCAACCCAUUCGAUGCUUCGUCCCGGAUUAACUACUUCGUUCUUCCUGAGUUCAUUGGACAAGGAGCGUUGUGUGCUCUCUGCCUCUUCACUGGUCACUGGUUCAUGUUUUUGCUCACAGUUCCUGUUACUUGCUAUCAUGUCAUGCUGUAUGUGAAAAGAGAGCAUCUUAUUGAUGUUACUGAAGUGUUUAGGGUACUUAAUGCUGAGAAGAAAUUUCGGAUAGCCAAACUUGCUUUGUACUUAGUGGUUCUCAUUGUCACCAUCUUCAGGCUUACAUUAAUCGCUGUCUACUAUUUAGGAAUUGAAGACGAUGAUGACUUGGGAAACCUUUGGUGGUAACCUACAUGGGCAGCAUGGCAAACAAUGUGUAAGUUGCAAUCCCCGUUUUUUGGGUUGUUGGGAGGGGUCCCCUUUUUGGUGGGAAUUUGUGACUUGAUCUGUACCUCAACUAAGAAUUCAGGUGCUCACAGAAAUAGAACUGUUAGUCAUUAAUUUGAAUGAAAGAUUCCAAUAUCAUGGAUCCCCAUUGUUU